AUGGGAUCAUCAAGUAGUUGCAAGUAAAUGCAAUAAUGCUAAGAAAAAGAGGUUCAUGUUGGUUCAAUUCUCAAUUCUAUAACUAUAAAAGCUGCAAUUGAAUCCUCUGAAUGCAUUCCUUAGGAAGCUAGAACAAUUUAAUUAUACAAAUCUUAAAAGUCAAUAUUACAUUCAAAAGAAUCAGAUUUUGACAAAAGAAUAUCUCAAUUAGGUAGAACCGAACACAUUUAAAACUAAAUGUCAUCAAUUAAAGUCUAAGAUUAGAUGGGACAUAAUUUAUUAAAUUAAUCAAAUUAUGCAUCAUCAUCAGAUGUAAAAUCACAAUACUGUAUUUAUUGUCAUUAAUUAUCUAAUUCAAUGUAGGAUUAGAUAUUGGAAUGUUUAGAUUUGUAUCAUGAAUCAUGUUUAAUUUAAUUUAUAACAAAUCAAAUUACUAAUGGUAAUUGUACUUUAAUUUGCAAAUGUUCAGAAAUAAUUCACACUAAAUAUUUAAGAUAACUUAUAUCUGAUCAAAACUUACUUCAAAGAUUUUUCUCCAAUCAGCUUGGAACUUUAUAAUAAAAAUAUCAAGAUUUGCUACAUUUUUAAAAGAAUGAAAUGACUUAAAGAGAAUGUUGUUGGCAUUGCAAUAAAUUAAUAAUUAGUUAAAAAGUAUAAUUAAAAUGUAAGCAUGAUAUUCAUAAAUAUUGUCUCAAACAAUUUUGUACAUAAUAGAUUGAAAUUGAUAAAACCUAUUUUAUAUGCUUCUGUGGUGCAUAAAUCAGUUCAUAAUUGAUUAGAUAAUUUAAGAGCGAUUCGUUUAAACUUAUAUUAUCUAAACUAUUCAAAAAUUAACUCGUGGAACUUUAUAAUACUAAUAAAUUUCUGUAAAAUAAAUUUCAUUUCAAAUAGUUUAUAAAGGCUGUAAACUAUUCUGAAGAACUAAAAUAAUCAUCAUAUUCUAUGCAAAUUUAAUGA